AUGAUUUGGUGGUAUAUUCUUAUCUGUAUUAUUUCAAUUCAUAAGAUUGUUCAUCCUGUUCAAUCACAAGAUAAUGAUGAUGAUGGUGAUAAUGAUGUUGGUGACGAAGAUCAAGAAGAAUCAACAACAAUUUCUCGAUUAACCACUAUACAUAAUGUUACAGAACAAUCAGUUCAACAGAUUUCAUUACCUACACAGAAUCUUACAUUUACCAAUCGUGUAAGCAACGAAAGUGAACAAAAUAUGAAUCAAAUUGAUUUAAAUAUUUCAUUAAAGCAUCGUAUUAUUAUUGCACUAGCUGUUCUAUGUGUAGCUCUUGCUGUUCUACUUGGUUUGCUUAUUUCAAUUGUUAUAUAUCAAUGGUUACAAAAGAAGAAGAAGGAAAAAGAUGAUUUAAUGAAUGGAAGAAGUACAGCACGACCAGAUUUUGUUGAUUCAUCAUAUAAUUAUCAUGAUCAUACUUAUCAACAAGCAAUUAAACUUUAG